AACAUUUAGCAAAUAAUUGCAAAAAAGUUCCACAAUAUGUUAGUUCAUUUUAUAUAAAUUUGGUUUCUUCACAUGAUUUUGGAAUUGAAGAUAAUUUUAUACCUUUAUUAAGAAAUAAUAAAAAAAGAAAAUAUCAAAAUCAGCAAGAUAUAAUGAACUGGUUUGAACCAGAAACUAUACUUCCUUCAAAAACUGCUUCUAUUACUCGUGUUCUU